GACAGACAGACACUCAUUAAUUAUUAUCACUCUUCGGUUUAACCCCCUCCACACCCCCUGGCUCUAGUCCUGUUCACCCUUCUCAUUUUCUCGGCUGCAAUUUUGUUCCUCUCCUUCUUUUUAUCCUUCGAAUCUAAUCCCCUACACCCCUUGCGAUCCGCUCUCAACUAAUUGCUCGUGCUCUAUCAUGUCCGAGUCGCCGACCCCCCCACCGUCAUGGAGUAUCACCAGUAUGGCCAACAAUGCUGUCCAGUUUCUACGUCUCCCAGUGUUGGCUUCUUCUGGUCUCGCCGUGGUUGCCAGUGGUCUGUUGUAUUUUAAGCAGAACGAGCUGAUCUACCCCCGAAAUAUCCCCGCGGAUGCACGCACCAACGUCCCUAAACCCCGUCAAUUUGGGAUUACCGACUACGAAGAACUUCAGAUUCCCACCCCAGACGGUGAAUCGUUGCAUGGCUUUUAUCUCCGGCCCUCCACCAAGCGAUUGGACCAGGAUGUAACCGUGUUGAUGUUCCACGGCAACGCAGGCAACAUCGGCCACCGGAUCCCCAUUGCCAAAGUUUUACAAGAUCACCUAGGCUGCCAUGUCCUGAUGCUCGAAUAUCGCGGCUACGGACUCUCUACCGGUGUCCCCGAUGAGACGGGACUCAAAGUCGACGCCCAGACGGCUCUGGACUAUAUCCGACAAAGGGCGGAGACAGCGAAGUCUAAGAUUGUCGUUUACGGGCAGAGUCUGGGAGGCGCCGUUGCGAUUAACCUGGUCGCGACGAACGAAGACAGGGGAGAUAUCGCUGGAUUGAUCCUUGAGAAUACAUUUUUGAGCAUUCGCAAGUUGAUUCCAAGUGUCUUCCCUCCGGCUCGAUAUCUCGCUCGGUUCUGCCACCAAACAUGGACGAGUGAGGAUGUUCUCCCCAAGAUUACCAAAGUCCCUAUUCUCUUUCUGAGCGGACUGAAGGACGAAAUCGUACCUCCGUCGCAUAUGAUGCAGCUGUUCACUAUCUGCAAUUCCAGCCGUAAAGCAUGGCGCACGCUUCCCAACGGUGCACAUAACGACAGUGUCGCGGAGCCCGGCUACUUCGAACACAUCCAUUCCUUCGUCAUGGAAGAAGUCCUGAAGGGCAACGACCGAUGAAGCCUAAUUCUUACAUCCCACCUUCUGUCCUCAUUCGUCACUAUCUUGAUCAUCAUGUCAGAACGCAGCAAAGCUUAGAUCCAAGAUACUAUUCUCUCGACUAGCGAUCCAUAUAUCCCUCCCUCUCAAGCAUCAUAUUACGUCCAUAAUAUUACUCUUUCCCCCGCCUUUCUGUUUAUUAUGUUUGGUUUGGUUUCCUUCCCUGUGUACUUAUUACAGCACCU